CACAACGCGGCCAUUUUCGACAGUGUUAGUGGUCUUGUGAACUCAAGAGUUUGCUAGAUAAACAUAUCGAUUUCCAUCUACUUUUUAUCGCUGAAUAACUGAUAUCAGCAGAAGCGAGGAAAGAUGAUGGAAGAGAGUGGAAUAGAAACCACACCGCCUACUACCCCCCCGCCUCCCCCCAGCGUGGCAUCCGCAGUCAGUCCACCUCCUUUGACCAUCGGCCUGACAAGCCCCAUGUCCCUUCCCAGCACCACCGGCGGCAUCUCCACCUUCUCCAUGGAGGGCUUCUCCACCCCCACCCCCAUGCCUCCGAUGGGGGCAAUGACGGCGUCCACCCCCUGCCCCCGAUUCAGCCCUCACUCGGCCCCCCCUUCAGCACCCCCCUGACCACGGCCUCCCCUUCCCCACAGCAUGCCCCUUUUCACCAGCCCCAUGGUGCCUUUCUCUUCGCCCUCUGUUCCUCCGCCACCCAUCGGCACGGCCCCUCCUAUGGCGGGUCCAGCCCUCUCCAUGCCACCCCCCACCGCCGGCUUCAGCAUGAGCGCAGGAUAUGACAUCACGAGAGGGCAUGCAGGCCGGACGCCGCAGACACCCCUCAUGCCCAGCUUCUCCAACGCUCCUCCAGUGCCAGGGGUCAUCACCAAUCCCAUGAUGCAGCAGCCAGCCAUGUCCGGAGGCCUGGAGGUGGCAUCUCCCAUCACAUUCCCCGAAGAUCAAGAGGACCCUCGCAUGGUCCAGAUUAGCAACCCUGGAGGCGGAAUCUGGGGCUUCAUCAAGGGAGUGGCAGGAAACCCCAUGGUUAAGACGGUCCUGGAUAAGACGAAGCACUCAGUGGAGUCCAUGAUCACCACGCUGGAUCCGGGCAUGGCUCCCUACAUCAAGUCUGGUGGUGACGUGGACAUUGUGGUGACCUCGGAUAAGGAGGUCAAGGUGGGGGCAGUGCGCGACGCCUUCCAGGAGGUGUUUGGCAUGGCCAUGGUGACCGGCGAGGCGGGACAAUCUAACAUCGCCCCUCAGCCCGUAGGCUACGCCGCCGGAGUAAAGGGGGCCCAGGAGCGCAUUGACAGUCUCCGCCGCGCCGGCAUCAUUCACGAGAAGCAGCCAGUGGUCUCCGUGGAGAACUUCAUCGCCGAGCUCUUUCCAGACAAGUGGUUUGACAUUGGCUGUCUGAUCCUGGACGAUCCGGGCAACGGCGUGCACAUCGAGACGUUCACCCAGGCCACCCCCGUCGCCCUGGAACACGUCCAGCAGGCCCAAUCCCUCACCCCUCCAGACUACAACCUGCGCUGGUCGGGCCUGCUGGUGACGGUGGGCGAGGUUCUGGAGCGGAACUUGCCGCACGUGAGUCGGACCGACUGGCACCAGGCCUUCACAGGAAUGUCUCGCCGCCAGAUGAUCUAUGGCGCCGCCAAGGCCCUGGCGGGCAUGUACAAGCAGCGGCUGCCCCCCAGGACAAUGUGAUGCCAGCCUGCGGGGCACCCCACAGCACCCAAGACCCGUGCCAUGCCGGAGGGAAGGGCUGGGCAGGAGCUACCCACAGACUGUCACAGCCAAGGACCCAGUGAGCCCUUAAUGCCCUCCCGUGUGGGUAGUGCCCAGUGGGCAUGCCAAGCGUACCUUAACGUGUCAAGGUUUCGUUUUUAUUUGUGAUCACUCGCGAUGCGAUGAAAAGUGAGACAUUCCAUGAGAUUUUUUUUUUGUACCUCUUGACAAGUUGGACGAUGUUGUUUCUUGUAGAAUCCUGCCAAAAUAGAGGUCCCUGGAUAACAUAACAGCAAGAUGCCAUUGGAAUAGACACAUUUAGUUUUUUCCUUUGGUUUGUUUAUCUUUUCCUGAUCUGUUUAGUUUUUUUUAUUGCUUUAUUGGCUCAUUGUUAAGGGGAAUGGACCAUCAGAGGGACAAGCUGGACAAACGUGGCUGUUUUAAAUUAUUAAUUGUGAACUAAAUCCAAAACAUUUCGUACGAGAACAUAUUGAUGGCAAGUGUUUCACUACCAUUGCAUUGUGAUUCUAUUGAAAUUCAGUAUAUGCAUUCACCCACAUUUGGAAACGGACCAUAAAACUGCAUUUCAUAGAUCCAGACAAGCCUAUUUCAUAUGUAGACAUCAUCUCAGAAAAAAAACUGACCUAUUUGCAGUCUGCAACACUUUAAACCUCAGUCAGACAUGGCCAGUACUUAUUAAACAAGGUCACCCCCCACAACUGUCCAACUUUCUGCUCACACCUAUCCGCAAAGGUCGGCUUAUCUUGAGUUCCACUGCCAGUUGGCCCCUUGUGCAUUUGUAGCGCAGCUUGAGAAUAUACAUCUAGGAAAGCCUGUUAAAUUCACUCAUAGCAGAUUUACAUUCUGCUAUAGUCUUGCAAGCACAAAAAGAGAUCUUACGUGGAGUGUGUUCAGGUAGCCUGUUCGGUCAUGCAGUCAUCUUUAUUUAUUGCACACAACCUGGUGUUCAUUAAGAAUCUCCAAGCAAUGCUGUGGCAUUUCAAAACUGUUAUUAACCAUCUCUUCCCAGCUCAAGGGAAAGCGAUUUAUUCAAACCAGGAUCCUGGACCUGAUCCGUAAUCUGUGCACAGACUUUAAAAGCCUUAAACACUUACUUUCUGUUUUACGUUCACGUUCAUUCUUUUGGUCUGUAAACUUGGAAGUUAUGGCCUAGCGUGCGUGUAUGCAUUUUCUCUGUGUGAACGUCACUUUUUGGAAAUGAAGGUCAGAGAAUCUGGAAGUCUUUCAAGUUUCCCUUAUCGAGUGAUGGUGGUAUGAUUACGGUUCCAUAACUAUAAUUGUUGCUCUGAAAAUGAGGGAAGCCAAAUGCUUUUUUUAGUCUAUUUUGCUAAAGUAGCAUAUUCCAAUUCUAUACCUGUACUCUGUGUGUGUGUGUGUGUGUGUGUGUGUGUGUGUGUGUGUGUGUGUGUGUGUGUGUGUGUGUGUGUGUGUGUGUGUGUGUGUGUGUGUGUGUGUGUGUGUGUCUGUCGAGUCUAACAUCAAUCUCAUGUAGGGUGCAGCUCAGAUUGUCAAAAAGAAUAAUGCAAAAACAUGAACUGUUUGAGAUGUCUGUAUUAGUGUCAAAAUAAUGGAUUAUGCUAAAAACAUUGUACAGUGUGUGUGCGUAAUAAUAUAACUUCAUGUUUCAGGAAAAGAUGUGUAACUGAAGUUAUUGCCUUGAGCUAAUCUAAUCAAGCUUUAUUUUCAGUUUCUGUUCUGAUCAUUUUUAAGAGAGAAACACUAUGAUUUGUAUCUCCUAGAUGUGCCUUUUGUCAUACGGAGAGUAAAAUCUUUUUUUCGCUCAAA